AUGACUUCUCACCUCUCCCAUGGGUCGUCCCUGGUAGACUUGCCGAAAUCCAAUAUAUUUACCUCCAAGUUGCCUCCAGACCCGGCUUUUGAGACACCAGAAUCCUCACAUAAGGCACCUCGGGAAGCAUUGGGACCUCGCAUGGUGAAAGGGGCUCUGUUCACCUUUGUCCGCCCAAAACCAAAUGAGGCGCCGGAGCUGCUCGGGGUGAGUCCUAAGGCUAUGGAGGAUCUGGGCUUGAAGGCCGGUGAGGAAGAAACUGCCCAAUUCAAGGCGUUGGUCGCGGGUAAUGAAAUCUGGUGGAAUGAGGACAAGGGGGGCAUCUAUCCAUGGGCCCAAUGCUACGGCGGUUGGCAAUUUGGCUCCUGGGCUGGCCAGCUUGGAGAUGGACGUGCAAUCAGCCUUUUUGAAUGUACAAAUCCCUAUUCGAACACUCGGUAUGAAUUGCAGCUAAAGGGCGCGGGGAAGACACCAUAUUCUCGGUUUGCGGAUGGAAAGGCCGUUCUUCGAUCGAGUAUUCGUGAAUAUAUUGUUUCCGAAGCUCUCAAUGCCCUUGGCAUUCCUACAACUCGUGCUCUGUCUCUGUCUCUGCUGCCCAAGUCAAAGGUCCUGCGGGAGCGCCAGGAGCCCGGUGCGAUCGUGGCUCGGUUCGCCGAAUCUUGGCUCCGCAUUGGAAACUUUGAUAUUCUAAGGGCUCGUGGCGACCGCGAAUUGAUCCGAAAGCUUGCCACCUACAUCGCAGAAGAUGUCUUUGGAGGAUGGGAGAAUCUUCCCGCCAUCGUAUCUGUGCGAGAAGGGCAAUCCGCCACCGAAAUCGAUACUCCCCGCCGUGGGGUACUUCGGGAUGAAAUACAGGAGCAUCAAGAGGUUAUGGAAAAUCGCUUUGCUCGUCUUUACCGUGAAAUCACCCGACGCAAUGCAAAGACUGUCGCGGCGUGGCAGGCCUAUGGGUUUAUGAACGGGGUGCUAAACACCGACAACACCUCAAUCUACGGCCUGUCUCUUGAUUAUGGCCCCUUUGCAUUCAUGGAUAACUUUGACCCCCAGUACACCCCAAACCACGACGACCACAUGCUACGAUACUCCUAUAAAAACCAGCCUAGCAUUAUCUGGUGGAAUCUAGUCCGACUGGGUGAAUCUCUUGGGGAACUUCUUGGUGCCGGGAAGAAAGUGGAUGACGAGAGCUUCAUCAAAAAUGGUGUCACCGAGGAGAUGGAACCAGAGCUUAUCAAGCGUGCGGAGACAAUUAUCGACCGCACUGGCGAGGAGUUCAAGGCGGUUUUCUUGAACGAGUACAAGCGACUGAUGUGCCAGAGACUGGGUCUGAAGACGCAACAGGAAUCCGACUUCCAGCUCCUCUUCUCUGAAAUGCUCGAUACGCUAGAAGCGUUGGAGCUGGAUUUCAAUCACUUUUUCCGCCGACUCUCGGGACUGAGACUAUCUGAACUGGAGACCGAAGAACAACGGACUGAAGCCGCAGCCAUCUUCUUUCACGCAGAGGGAUUCGGAGGCAUUGGCUACACUGAUACCUCGGCCAAGGAUCGCAUUGCGAAAUGGCUAGGAAAUUGGCGAGGUCGGGUGCUUGAGGACUGGGGAGAUCAGGAUGAUGAACGACAGAAAGCCAUGAAAGCGAUCAAUCCAAACUUCAUCCCACGGGGGUGGAUUUUGGAUGAAAUCAUCGAGCGCGUAGAGCGCAAAGGAGACCGAGAGAUACUGGGACGAGUGAUGCAGAUGAGUCUGAACCCAUUCAACGACGAAUGGGGUCUUCUGAAGGAGGAAGAGGAGCGCUUCUGUGGCGACGUCCCGAAAUACAAGAGGGCGAUGAUGUGUAGUUGUAGUUCAUGA